ACGUGACCAACAGACAAUCGACAAUCUGUCUUUUUUACUCCACGCCCCUGGCGGCAGUCCAUGCCUCCAGUUGAGAAAUAUUAUAUUUGGGAAGUAAUAUAGUUAAAACCGCAAAAUGGAUACAAGAAAGCUGAUCGAAAUUUUGCGCGCCACCAUUGACCCUAACCAGAGGGCGCAGGCGGAGGAGCAGUUAUCCCAGAUCCACAAAAUAAUCGGUUUCGCGCCGACGCUGCUCCAAGUGGUAAUGAUGAACGACGUGGCCAUCCCGGUGCGGCAGGCGGGCGUCGUCUACCUGAAGAACCUCAUCACCUCCGGCUGGCAAGAGAAGGAGCCCGAGGAGAACGAGCCCCUGCCCUUCUCCAUCCACGAACAGGACCAGGCCAUGAUCAGAGACAGCAUAGUGGACGCCAUCGCCCAAGCGCCCGACAUCAUCCGCGUGCAACUCUGCGUCUGCCUCAAAACUAUAAUCAAACACGACUUCCCAACUCGCUGGACCCAAGUCGUCGACAAGAUCCAUAUAUAUUUACAAAACCCGGAACCUAACGGGUGGAUGGGGGCGCUUCUAUGCUUGUACCAGCUCAUAAAGAACUAUGAGUACCAGUUGGCCGAGAAGCGCGUGCCGCUGAUCGAGGCGAUGAACUUGUUGCUGCCGAUGCUGUACAACUUGAUUGUGACGCUGCAGCCCGACCAGUCGGCGGAGUCCGUGCUCAUUCAGAAGCAGAUCCUCAAGUGCUUCUAUGGACUGAUUAAGUACAUACUCCCCCUGGAUCUCAUCACCAAGGAGGUGUUCACCAAGUGGAUGGAGGUGCUCCGGAAGGUGAUGGAGCAGCCGGUGCCCGAGCACAGCCUGCAGGUGGACGAGGACGAGCGGCUAGAGCUGCCCUGGUGGAAGUGCAAGAAGUGGGCCGUGCACACCCUCUACAGGCUCUUUGAGAGAUACGGCAGCCCCGUGAACACUCGUAAAGAAUACGUGCAGUUCGCCGAGUGGUACCUGACGACCUUCACCGGCGGCAUCCUGGACGUGCUGCUGCGCGUGCUGGACCAGUACCGCAACAAGAUAUACGUGUCCCCGAGGGUGCUGCAGCAGACCAUCAGCUACAUCGACCAGUGCGUCUCGCACUCGCACUCGUGGAAGAUCCUGAAGCCGAACAUGUUCGAGAUCAUCAAGGACGUGCUGUUCCCGCUCAUGUCCUACUCCGAGGCCGACGAGGAGCUGUGGAACACCGACCCACACGAGUACAUACGAAUCAAAUUCGACAUAUUCGAAGACUUCGUGUCGCCCAUAAUCGCCGCCCAAACCCUCCUCAUAUCCUGCUGCAAAAAGCGGAAAGAGAUGCUCGAACGCACCAUGCAGCUCUGCAUGCAGGUCCUGACCAGCCAGAACGGAGAGUACAGCCCCCGGCAGCGGGAUGGGGCGCUCCACAUGGUCGGGACGCUCAGCGACUUACUCAUCAAAAAGAAAUUCUACAAGGAAGAAAUAGACUCUCUUCUCAGCCAAUAUGUGUUCCCUGAAUACAGCAAUCCUCUCGGUUACAUGAGAGCCCGGGCCUGCUGGGUCCUCCACUGCUUCGCCACCGUUCGCUUUAAGAGCGAACCACUACUAGUCGAAGCCGUCCGCUUAACCAUCAACGCUUUACUCAACGACACCGACUUACCUGUCAAAGUAGAAGCUGCCAUCGCAUUACAAACUCUACUCGGAUCACAAGAGAAAGUCCACAAGUUACUGGAGCCUCAAGUGAAAGCGAUCACCACAGAACUUCUAAAGGUUAUCCGAGAAACUGAGAAUGAUAACAUAGCCAGCGUCUUACAGAAGAUUGUACCGCUGUAUACUGAGCAACUGAUGCCCAUGGCUUACGAGAUCACUGAGCACCUGGCGACAACGUUCCGGAAAGUCAUAGAGACAGACUCCGGAACGGAUGAGAAGGCCAUCACAGCUAUGGGGCUGCUGAACACGAUGGAGACGGUGCUGAACGUAAUGGAGGACAACCCGGAGAUCAUGGCGCAGCUGGAGAAAACUGUGCUCACUGUUGUGGGGCACAUCUUGCAGAAUAAUAUUAUCGAAUACUACGAAGAGGCGAUGACCCUCCUCUGCAACCUCACAGCGAAGCAGAUCUCGGAAGACAUGUGGAAGGUCCUGGAGCUGUUGUACCAGGUGUUUGAGAAGGACAGCUUCGACUACUUCACCGACAUGAUGCCCGUGCUGCACAACUACAUCACCGUCGACACCAACGCCUUCGUCUCCAAUGAGAACCAUAUACUGGCCAUGUUCAAUAUGGCUAAAGCGGUGCUGAACUCUGACUCGGAGGACGAGUCCGAGAUCUACGCGGCGAAGCUGCUCGAGGUGAUGGUGCUGCAGUGCAACGGCAAGAUCGACAACUGCCUGCCGUCGUUCGUGGAGCUGGUGCUCAACCGGCUCACCAGGACCGUCAAGACCUCGGAGCUCAGGACCAUGCUGCUACAGGUCCUAAUAGCGAUACUGUACUGCAACCCCGUGCUCUUGUUCACCAUACUGGACAAGCUGCAGCAGGCCGUUCCCAACGCGUCCAUCACGCAGCACUUCAUCAAGCAGUGGAUACACGACACGGACUGUUUCAUGGGCCUCCACGACAGAAAGCUAUGCGUCCUCGGCAUCUGCACGCUCCUAGAAAUGGGCCCCUGCCGGCCUCCGCUCGAGGCCGUGGUCCCGAACAUGCUGCCCUCGUGCCUCGUGCUGUUCGACGGGCUCAAGCGCGCGUACGAGGCGCGCGCCGACGCCGACGAGGACACCGACUCCGAGGACGAGGACGACGACCAGGACGAGGAGGUCCUCUCGAGCGACGAGGACGACAUAGACGACAUGAACAACGAGUACCUGGAGAACCUGUCGCGCAUGGCCGUCAAGAGCGCCGCGCAGCAGGGCGUCGACAUGACCGCCAACGUCGAGGACUACGACACCGAUUCUGACGACGAGGAUUAUGAGCCGGACGAGACCGCCAUAGAGUGCUACACGACGCCCCUAGACGACAGGGAUUGUCCCGUCGACGAGUAUGUCAAGUUCAAGGCGGCGCUCUCAGGCAUAUCAACGACGGAGCCGGCGUUAUACCACGCGCUCACCCAAGUGUUAGACGAAGAGCAACAGAAGCAGCUGAGCGCCGUGCUCGUACUCGCCGACCAGAGGAAGGCGCAGCAGGACAGCAAGCGGAUCGAGCAGAGCGGAGGUUACUCGUUCACAGUUCCCGCCCAAGUCCCAACCAAAUUCAAGUUCGGAUCGUAAUCACGGAACAGUGCUUUACAAACACGAACACAGACAAUUAUCGUACGUACGUUAAAUUAUGUUUAUUUAUUAUAACAAUCAUGUUGCGUAUGGAAUGGAGCUGUGGAGGCAAGCGUUCAAAACGCAUGUUAUGUAGUGUUAGCAUUUAAAAUGGGAUGUUUCGAUACAUAACAUAAUGUAUUUUUAUAUUUCUGUUACGAAAAACCCCGAUUAAGAGUAUCGAAUGACUUGCGCUUGUAUAA